UUUUCGACUGGUGCACAUCGCAUACGAAAUGUCUGGAUCUAUGCGCGAGGCGCUCAAGGCGCUCAAUACCACCUUCUCUGCCACCACCGUUCCUUGCCCUCUCCCCGACGAGCUCUGCGCAACCAUAGACGCUUUCCUCGAGCGCUACCAUGACAUUGACGACCACGACUCGCACCGCUUCCACGAAGACCUCCACGCCCUCUACCUCCGACAUGUCGCCAACAGUCCCGAGAAGCGUGGCGCCUUCCUCUCUGCUCUGCGAAUUCUGCGACCAGCCAUCACUGGGGAAGCGCGCUUGACCGUCUGGUGGAACGCUGUCUUUAAGCCCACCAUUGACGGCAUAGGGUACAAAAAGGCCGAGAUGGAGGAUGCAAAGGCCUUUGUGCAGACCAUACUAGUAUACGACCCCGAGGCCGACAAGGACGGAGAGCAGGCGCGCCUGUCAACCCUCUUCACUACAAGGAUACUCGACGCCUACCUCGCGAGAACCGCCGUGCCUUCUUCGCCCGACGACACCGUCUCCCCGCAGAAUGAGUUUAUCGCGCACGAGCUUGAGGCAGUCCUGGUGGCUUUUGGGCGCAAGAUGCCAAAGAUGUUCCUCCUCAGACUCGACAGUCUCUUUGUACAGAAACAAUACCGUAUCCAGGCACUCAACCUACUCAGCGCAUUCGUUCGCCUGCAACCGCCGCACCUGCACCUGGCGCUCGAGACCCCGCUCAUCCAGCACUUGGAGAAAUGCCUGCUUGUCGACAACUCGUCCACCGUCGUAGAGCUUGCCCUCGUCGUUCUCAUCAUGUUCUUACCCCACAUUUGCGGAGCCUUGACCUCGGACCACCAUCUGGCAAAGUUGUUUCUCGUAUAUUGCAGAAUACUGUGCUGGGACAAGCUAGGGAGUGGCGACAACAAGGAAGGCGACAUGGACGCCCAAGGUAACGACAGCGAAGACGAUGAGGAGGAGCAGGAAGACGUGGAACAAGCAUGGGAACAGGUGCAGCCGUCAGUCGACUACCCGGAAUCAUCACCGCCCACGCUCAUGCACUACUUCACCUUUCUCUACGGUCUCUUCCCCCUCAACUUCAUGAGCUUUGUGCGCAAGCCCAGAAAGUACCUCAAGUCACUCAACUUCCCCGGUGCGCACGACUUCGACCUGGACCAAGACCUCAUCCACACUCGCACAGAACCCUAUCGCCAAGUUCACCUGCUGCACCCAAACAUAUUCACUACAACUGUCGAGGAUGAGCUCAGUGAAAAUAAAUGGCUAAAGAGCGACCCUGCAGACGUUGUCAUCGAGUGCAUGAGUCUCUGCGUAGCUGUAUCUUCGACAUUGAAAGACCCCGGCCCGCCACCCAGCGCAGCGUUACCGCCUGUCCCAGAUGUUCCUACCCACUUCACUCUGGACGACCAGGAUGGAAUAACAGUCCACGGCUCAGAUGAGAGUAGGCGAAACACGCAGUCGACAUUCAAUGUCCCUUCGAGUGAUAUUCCAGACAUCCCUGACCACUCUGAUAUUUCUCCCCUGGCCAAGUCCGUCAAGUCUGCCGUUUCUCUCAAAUCCAUGGCCUCUCCCCUGCUAAAAGGCCGCGACAUAAUGGAUUCUCCGACACUGCCACCCGCCAAAGACACUCCCAAGCCUGAAUUGACUAGCUCAUCAGCAACUGCUGCCCAUCGCUUUACACCAGAACAACCCACCCUGGACAAUUUCGCGCAGUCUGUAUCUGGGCAGACACAGACUAGCAAGAAUGAAUUCCAAAACCAUACCAUGGCUUCUCUUCAAAGAGAGAUUAUGCUGCUUCGGAACGACCUCAAUUUUGAACGCUACCUGAAACUGCAGCACCUUACGCACAUCGGACAACUCCAGCGCAAGCACAUCAAGGAGGCGACGGCAGAAGCCGAGACGCAGAACCUCAUCAACACUAACAAGACUCUGAAAGCCCGACUUGCGAAGGCGAACGAGCAGUACGCGCAGUUGAAGAAAGAAACCCUGACGAGCCGAAGUCAAUCGAAGAAGUGGGAGGGCGAACUCAAUGCAAAAGUGCGUUCGUACAAGGAGAGCGAAAAGACAUGGCACAGCGAUGAAGGUGGUCUGCGGUUCGAGUUGCAAAAGACACAAGCAGAUUACGAGCAGCUCAAGAAGAUUGUAGAGAGAGCUGAAGCAGAGCAGCUGAAGGCGCAGCAGCGGAUAAAGGCGCUCGAGUACGAACUUGAAGACUACAGCGAGGUCCGGCGUGAACUCGAAAUGGACCAAGAGAAGAUCUUUGCGUUUGAAGAUCAGAAGAAAGAGCUGCAUCUCUUCAUGCAAGAGCGGAAUGACUUGCGCAACGAUCUCGAGAUUGCCAAUAUGCGGCUGAAUAGUCGAGAGCAAGAACGCGAGCGGUCCAUCAAGGCUUAUGAACGUCGUAUCAUGGAGCUGGAGGCGCGGUUACAAUCACCUGACAGGCUUGCUACUAAACCAGGGCAACUUCCGCCUUCGGUUCAGCAGAUGCUCGACUCGGCACUGGCAGCAAGCAAUGCUAAACUUCAGCAACUGAAGAAGACUCACUACCGCCUUUUGGAGCAAUACACGGAGCUUCAGAUGAAGUACCACGAGCUUGAGGGAGAGCAGCAAGCCACCAUGGCACAGCUGUACCCUCCAGACAAACCCAAUCAAUUUGAUUUUGGCACAUCGCAAUUUAGUCGAAACCCAAGCGUUCGGCAUGGAAACAACUACAGUCCAAGGUAUUUGCCGCCUCUCUCGACAGACGGCGCAUCUGGCGAAGAGCAGGAAUACUAUCCCCACUACCUCUCUCCGGACUCUGUACAAAGCCCCGGAUCGGCUUCAGGUCAUCCAACGAGAGUCGAAUCCCUACAGCAUGGAAAACCACAACGUUCCCAAACAGCCCCAUCGCCUUACCCUGGCUUCGGCGGUGGUCAUGGACCCGAGUAUGCUGGCGUGCAUGAGUCGUCGCCCAUGAGUCAGCUCCAAUCGCAGCCGCCUCACUCGAGUGGAAAAAGCAGCUUCUCCGCGGACACGGAUGGCAGCUCGACAAGAGAAAAGAAAGAUAAGGUGGAGGCAAAGUCGGAGGUUCGGAUCUAUGGCCGAGGUGGCGCGCAGAACAUUGGGAAGAAGGUCAAAGACAAGGAUCCCAAGAAGGCCGCUCCCUCCAAGACUGGGGGCUUUCGCGGACUGAAGGGUAUCAUGUGAUGCCAUUGGUCUGUAUGCUUGUUUCAUCACUCGAUGAGAUAUGUGGAAGUUGCAUCGAUCCUUUUGGACGAUCACUCGCUAGGGGCGCGACGCUCCGGACACACUCGGUUAUCCGCAUCCUCUGCUGGGGCUCAGGAGGAUUGCAUGCGUCUCAGACUUCGUGUUGUCAUUACCAUGUUUUGUUCAGCAUCAUUCUUUGGACGGCUCUUUCUUUUGUUUUGUAUACCCACACGUGCAUAGUGCAUGUCACGACACCGCAUGGCGACGAGGCUGCGUCGACGUGCGUACGACUUUCUGCAUCCAAGGCGCCCUGUAAUCACACAACAUUUCACCUUCAACAUUCGAUU